CCUGAACUCUUUCACAGAUCUAUCAAGUUGAAAUCAUUCAUCUCUCCAAUCCCAAGUAACCGAAACAUUUUCCACCCGUCUAAAGUUACAACCAACCCAUCGUCCUCAUCAAAGAACCCCCACCAAACCAAGCCAAAAUGUCGCAAUCCAAAGCCGACCAAGCCGAGCAGACAAGGCAGAACCUCCCACUGCCCGACCAGCCGCCGACGGCGUCAGACUGGCAGUCAGCGGACGCGCGCAACGUCAACGUCGGGUCCGGUCGGGUCUCGACGGCCGACGGCGGUGCCGACAGGGGCUCCGGGGCCGCGGACCUCAGCGGCGUCGGGAGGCAGGGCAAGGAUGGACUAAAGGGUCCGCCUAAGGAUGCUGCUGCGAGGUAAUAUAGGAGAGGGAGGGAGAAAUGAUAAGGGAUGGAAAGGGGGGCGUUUAUGUUAUAACUUUUGAGA